AUGACGAAGGAGACUAACUUGGACGAGACGCAUAUCGAGUGCGAAGCUGAGCGGCAACGAGUGAAUGAUCUGCAACAAGCGACUAGUGCUGGUGCGCUAACAGCGGAUAUCCAGAGAUUACAACAGGAGAAUGCCGCCCAGCAGGCAGCCAUUGCAGAAGCUGAGGCCAAGGCGCACACGGCGCAAGAUGAGCUCAAAAUGACCAUAGUGCAGCUUACAAAGCGAACGCAAGUUCAACUCGCUGUGCUUAAUCGCGAGCGAGCACAGUUGCUGCGGCGAAUUGGCGCAACAAAAGUGGCUACUAUUCAAGCGGCGAGCAGCUUAUGUUUCACAAGAAUCGUGCCCCAUUUGCGCAGUCUAUUGGCGACUUAUGACCAAGGCCAAGAAGGCAAUUCGACCAACCACACCAGUGCCUGUCCUGCACUGGCCGUCACCACCCGAAGGCCAAGUACAAGCUUACGAGGUUAUUAG